AUGUCUACCGUUACCGCGACCCAAGGCCCCGUCGAGGCUCGCUCCCUGUCGUCGAUCACCGCCAUCGCAUCCAAUCCCCCCGCCUAUCCGCGCAAUCCCACACACGAGAAGCUUGACCCGCUAGUACUAUAUAUCGUACGGGUUCCUGGGAGUCAAGACAUCUUCCUCUCACCUCUGAAACCGCCAACGAAAUCUAGCGUCUCGGCCGAGGCGAUCAAUGCAUCACUUUUCUAUCUACACGUUGCGACACCCGAGGAUGAUGCGCUGCUGCAGGAGGUUGAGCUCGAGCGCGAGAAGGAAACACAACGCCGAAGGGAAGAGCUUGAGGCGGCCGGUCUCGAUGACCCUUCCCAGCGGGAAUUUGCCCGUUUAAACCACCCCCGAAGGAAGCCUGUAGGUGGUGCAGAGAGUACUGCGGAUAAUGCGCCAGCUUUGAUGCAAGAGAAUGUCACUGUCCCGGGUAAUAAUGCUCCUGCGUUGCCGCCACGACGACCAGUCGCUAUGCCGCAGUUCUCGGCGGAGAAUAUAUCUUUCCCGGCGAUGCCUGUUGCCAAUGCACCACUGGCUCCUAGCUACGAGCCUGUUAAGGCACCCCUGGAGCCCGCAGGUCAGAGUCCGAUCUCGCGGCGACCUUUACCUCCUCUGCCGCCUAGUGAAGAGCCCUUCAGCGGGCAUCCAGGCGAUGAAGCACAAUUAGGAACGCCAAACCGGUGGAGCGCAUUCGUGGGACAGGAAUCUGGUAAGGGGCGAGAUUCAUGGAAGGAUAAAUUUGGGGCUUUCGCGGCUGGCCGUCAUAGUCUUGAUGCAAAUCGGCCGCCAUUACCGCCUCGCUCGACACAGCCCCGGACAGCGUCACCGUCAAGAAGUCCUGGUCAGUCGCCUUCUAGACAGAGAAAGGCACAUCGGCCACCUCCAAUCGAUAGCAAUAACGCCAAUAAUGCUGGUUUCCGUCUUACGCUCAUCCGGCGUGACCCCGCGUCUGGUACGCAGUGGAAUGUCGCAACGAUCUCAACUCCGCACAUGGAUCAUAAUGCAAUCGAGAUUGAGAUUGCUACGCCGGGAUAUAACAGAUUUGCUGGCUCUGAUGAGCCACUGUCGCUUGCCAGUCUAGCUGCUAACCUCCCGGCGGGAAUGGUGCGAAACUCUGGAUCUUCCAUACCGGUUCCACCAUCAUUACACGUCGAUAAACCCCACGAGCAGCCUCAGCAGCAGCCAUCAUUUGGACCACGCAAGUUCCAUCGCCAGCUAUGCGUCUCCAAACCAUUUGAAGAUUCUGUAAGCUCAGAAUUGAAGAGCGGCUACUACGUCUUCAAUUCGCCCUGGAACGGCACCUGCACAUUCGCCAGCAGCGUCAACGGCCGCAGCCUAAAAUGCAAACACAUGAUCCAAGGUCCAGUCGGUACACCUCAGCCAGGCGACGACCCCAACCCAGCCGUAACAGUCGCCGAACUCCGCUUCAACACGCCCUUUCAAGCCGCAAACCUUCACUACCACGCCGCACCACGAACACCCACAAAUCAACACUCCUCUCCAACAUCCACGUACGACCCCUCAAGCCUAGAAAACCAGUCCUCAAAACGAGCCUCUCUAUCUCAAUUCCUGAAUCCAAAUACCUAUGCCCGACCUCGUGCUCACUCUGGUCCCAAUGCCCUUUCAACUUCAACUCCGAAUACUGCUGAUCCCCAGCGUCCCCCGUUUAACCCUGCUGCUUUACUCCGGCGAACAUCCCUCCGCGCGGGCCGCUUUGCACAGCAGCAGAGUAAUCGGUUUGGGCAUCAGCCUUUACAUCACCGGAGUGUAAGUGCUAGUAGUGGAGAUUCGGAUGAGGAUCGAUUGGACUUUUCGCUUGCAAGGGAGCUUGCUGGGGGUGGGAUGAGGGGGAAGAGUGCUAAACUGGGAAAAUUGAUCAUUGAGGACGAGGGAAUUAAGAUGCUGGAUUUGGUUGUUUCAGCUUGUAUGGCUGUUUGGUGGAGGGGAUAUUAUCACUGA